CCUAAUUGUGUUCGAAUUUUCUCUGAAUGCUGCAGUAAUGGAAAAGUUGGGAGUUCAUCGAGAUGCUACUCAACCUAUAUCAGUGCGUGAAUUUUUAGAGUCUUGGGAUGUGACAGCUGUACCAGGGAUUGUGAAAACCUCCACAGAUGACGAAGAUGCAAUGCUAAAGACACUGUCCUCCGAGAUGAACAUUCCAAUUGAAACUUUAAUGGAGUUAAACACUGUUUGUGGAGAAUCCACUUUGAAAAACAACGAUGAUCCCAAACAAUCAGAGUUAUUAGAAAAUAUUCCCCCUGAUGUCAAUCUUAUGACUCUGAGGGCACAUCAAGAUGAAUUACAGCAUCGUCAGCAAAGCUUUAAUUACCGUACCCUUGUCAAGCGAGCUAUGAGAAUACAGAAGUGUGACUUCUUAAUGAAUUUUUCACCAGCGGAUGUGAACACAAACAAGGAAAACUGUCCUGAGGAAUAUCGUGUCCAGCAUCCCGACGUGUUAAUAACGGUCCACGUACACCAACCUAACAACACUAGUCAAGGCUUCAACAUGAAGCUGUCCCUUGACCAGACCAUUCUAGUACUGGGGUGUGAGAAGUUGACAGACCUCAGAGACAAAAUCACCUGUGUUAAUGAUCUAGCUCUGGCAGGAGACCUUAGUGAAAACCCUGACUUCACUCCAGAACACUAUGCUAAGGAUCUCUACAAAUCUGGGUUUUUCUACAUUGAGGGUUGUUUUUACAAUGAUUUCCGUGACAGUGGUGCAAUUGACUACAGCCAAGUGAUUCGUGACUGGGCCAAGGACCCGGCCCGGGAGAUAGGAGCCAUGCAGACAGCUUCCAUGGAGGACACGUCCUUCCUGGACCUGACCCUCAGACUGGGACAACCCUACGUUUACAUGCACCAGGGGGACUGUGAACACCUCAUUGUAUUCUCUGAUAUCAGGAUAUUGAGUCCUCAGGAUACACAAGAUAUCAGAGAGUAUCCUCUUGUUACACACAAACGUCUGAAGAACCAGACCAAAUGUAGAGUCUGCCAAAUGCACGCUUCCAGGUGGAUGGCAUACAACAGUGAGCAUGCUCCUGAGGAUCCCAGCUUUUUCUGUGAACAGUGUUUCCGAUCUCUACAUUAUGACCAGCAUGGAAACAAGAUAGGAAAUUUCCAGGCAUUUAGAUUCUUUGACAGUAAUUCUGUUAUAUAGUACUCACAGGAACAAUAAGGUUUUCACCUAAACCUUGAUAGUAAUAAAGAUACUUGCGAAUUGUGAUGUCUAUCUCAAUGCUCAAGGAAAUCUUCAGUCAUCCCGAUAACUUACCCAGUACUACAGUUACUAGUGAGUGUAGAGUACAGCCGCAAGGAAACAUCCAGUCAAUCAGAGGCCCAGUUACUGCUCCACAGAUUAAUUAUUAAAAUAAUCUAACUCAAAGGGACAGCCAGAAACUUACAGCAUUCGAUAGAAAUAUAGUGAAUUCAGGAUGAGCAUUUAGCAUUCUGAUACUGUUGCAAGUUUUAUUUCAGUAAUGCAAGAACUCAUUUUUUGUACAAAAACAUUAAGAAUGUAAUUAAGGGAUGUAAUUCAUAUAACUGGAAGAACUACACAGAACAACACAGAUCCUUAUCAAAUUUGAAUUGUCAGCCUAGAAUUUUUAAAUGUCAAUGAAGGUUAUUGUGAAAGUAGUUUGAUGACUUUUAACUCUUUCUAACAUGCCACAAAGUGUUCAUAAAACAAAACAGAGCAGUUACAAAGUUCAAUGUUUUCUUUCUUCUCCAAUCAUGUAAUAAAAUACAAUGUACAUUAAAACUUA